UAUUAUUUUGCUGACCUUGGAUUUGUGAUGCCAAAUGUUUUCGUCGGUGCUUGCAAUCGCAACCACAUGAUUCGUCAUUGAUCCAUUCGGGGUCUUUAUAUGGUGUGGCCCCUAAUGGAAAAUUGCAUAGGUGGUCAGGGCAGGGGACAGCGACAAUGCCACAUCCUGCUGCGUAGGCGUAGCUAAGCAAGAGUGGCCACACACUCCUCCAUCCAGCAUCCGCCGCUUAUAAAAAUGGCCGCUCCUCCUCGCUCACCAUCUCCAUCCUGACCUGCACCACCACUCCAGAGCAGAGCAGACAUGGACGGCGUUGCCACCGCGGCGGCCGGGACGGCUCCCGAGAACCAGAAGCCACGGGUGGUGCUGUACCCGUCGCCGGGGAUGGGGCACCUGGUGUCCAUGAUCGAGCUGGGCAAGCUCUUCGCGGCGCGGGGGCUGGCCGUCACCAUCCUCAUCGUCGAGCUGCCCUUCGUCGACACCGCCGCGCGGGGCCCCUUCCUGGCCGCCGUCACCGCCGCCAACCCCUCCGUCACCUUCCACUGCCUCCCUCGGGUCCAUUUCCCGCCCCUCGCCUCCCCGCACCCCGAGGCCGUCACCUACGAGGUCGCCCGCCUCUCCAACCCGCACCUCCGCGACUUCCUCCUCGCCCCUCCGGCUCCGGCUCCGGCCGUCCUCGUCGUCGACUUCUUCUGCAGCGUGGCGCUCGACCUCGCCGCGGAGCUCGGGGUUCCCGGGUACUGCUUCUUCACGUCCGCCGCCGAGGCCCUGGCGUCCUUCCUCUACCUGCCGGUCCUGCACGCGCAGACCGCCGCCAGCUUCCGAGAGAUGGGCGAGCAGCUGGUCCGCGUGCCCGGCAUCGCGCCGUUCCCGGCCACGCACGCGAUCAAGCCGCUCCAGGACCGCGACGACGCGGCGUACCGGGGUUUCUUGCAGGUGUCCCCCGACCUCUGCCGCUCGCAGGGCAUCAUCGUCAACACGUUCCGGUCCCUGGAGCCGCGCGCCGUCGAGGCCAUCGUGGCCGGGCUGUGCACCCCGCCCGGCCUCCCGACGCCGCCGGUGCACUGCAUCGGGCCGCUGAUAAAGUCGGCGGAGGUGGGCGGGGAGUGCCUGGGGUGGCUGGACGCGCAGCCGGAGGGCAGCGUGGUGUUCCUCUGCUUCGGCAGCCUGGGCGUGUUCAGCGCGGCGCAGAUCAGGGAGAUCGCCGUCGGGCUGGAGGCGAGCGGCAACCGGUUCCUGUGGGUGGUCCGUAGCCCGCCGAACGAGGACCCGGCGAGGAGGUUCGAGGAGCCGCCGGAGCCCGACCUGGACGCCCUCCUCCCUCCGGGCUUCCUCGCCCGGACCCAAGAGAGAGGGCUGGUGGUGAAGACGUGGGCGCCGCAGCGCGACGUGCUGGCGCACGGCGCGGUGGGCGGGUUCGUGACGCACUGCGGGUGGAACUCGGUGCUGGAGGCGGUGAUGGCCGGCGUGCCGAUGCUGGCGUGGCCGCUGUACGCGGAGCAGCGGCUCAACCGGGUGUUCCUGGAGAAGGAGCUGGGGCUGGCCGCGGCCGUGGACGGAUACGACCACGACAAGGAGCUGGUGGAGGCCGGCGAGGUGGAGAAGAAGGUGCGGUGGCUGAUGGAGUCGGACGGCGGGAGCGUGCUCCGGGAGCGCACGCUGGACGCCAUGCGGAGGGCCAAGGAGGCGCUGGCCGAGGGCGGCGAGUCGGACGUGACGCUCACCAAGCUCGUGGAGGGAUGGACCGGACCGGACUAGCCUCAUAAUUAUAUAUACUCCCUCCGUUUCAUAAUAUAAGUCUUUUUAGAUAUUUUA